CCAUAAGCAGAAAAAAAAUCAGAAAGAAACCAUCUUUAUGUAACUGUUCUGACUACGUGAAUCUAAACUUGAAAAGUAUGUCACCCAAAGAAAGAAGGGACCUCAAGCUCGUGAUCGUCAAUGUGUGGAUCGAAUGUAUGCAGGAAUUGAGAAAAUUCGCAAUAGAUAGAGUGAAAUGGAAAAAAAUAUUGGAUAAGGCAUCAGACACCAACGAGCAAUGAACCCAGGGUUAAUGAUGAUGAUGUUGAACUUGUUUGGAAAGUUACAUCAACUUUCUAGAUGCUGUAACGUAAUAAAAACAAGUAGAUAAAAAUCACCACAGAUAUUCUUUCAGUUGUCAUGUUGACCUCUAUCAAAUAUAUCACAUAUCCGGCUGAAGACUAUUCAAGAUGUCGCCAAUAAUAAUGUUAUUAACUGUUUUCGUCUGUCUUAUAUUAUUUUGGAUAAGCUGGAGAAAAAGGAAGAUGAGCGUGUUUCAGAGAUAUGGAAUACCUGGGCCUAAACCCAAGUUUCUUACUGGAAAUGCAAUGGAAUAUAAUAGAAAAAGAAACAAAUGCAUUGAUGAAUGGAUAGAAAAAUAUGGAAAUGUUUUUGGUUUCUUCCUUGGAAGAAAACCUUUGAUUGUUUGUCACGAUUUGGAAUUGAUAAAACUUAUACAAAUAAAGGAAUUCAAAAAUUUCACGAAUAGAGAUCCGAUACUUCCAGAUGGAGGAAUUCCUCACAAUUUGGUAUCUAAAGCACUUACAAUUCAAUGUGAUGACGAUUGGAAAAAUACCAGAAAUAUAUUGAGCACAAGUUUCAGUACAGCUAAAUUAAAGAUGAUGAGCCCUCUUAUGUCUAAGCCGAUAAAUAUAUUUAUGGAGAAAAUAGAAAAGCAGGAAGAAUCGCCGUUUGAUAUUGCUGAAUUUUAUAAAAAGUUAACUUUCGAUGUAAAUUGUAGAACAGCUUUUGGAAUUCAGACAAACGUACAAAAUGACGAAACAACUAAAUUUGUGCAAUCCGUCUACAGUGUCUUGGAAGUUGAUACUUCUGAUUUACUCUCCAUAUUAUCAAUUUGUUUUCCAGAAAUUGAACCAAUUCCUACGUACGUUAGAAAGAUUUUUGAUGUAAUAAAAUAUGCAAUAAAUUGUCUAUCUGUUAAAAUGGUGUUUGAUACAUGCAGUCAAUUGGUAACUUCCCGAAAAACCUCUGAUUAUCAUCCUCCGGAUCUUUUGCAAAUCAUGAUUGAUGCUGAAGAAGAAACAGAUGGUGUCUUAACGAAGCUUUCAACAGAUUGCAUUGUUGCGAAUGCUUUUCUAUUUAUGAUAGCUGGAUAUGACACUACUAGUACGAUGUUGGCAUGGUUCACCCAUUAUUUGGUUAAACAUCCUGAAGAACAAGAAAGAAUUCGUCAGGAGAUAAACGAAAACAUCGAAAACAAUGUAAUUGGUAUCAUUUAA